AUGAGAAUCCUUGAGGAGUGUUUUCGUGCAAGAGCUGUAUGUACUAUGAGGAAUCUGAUACCGAGGAAAUUGUUCUUUCAGGGAACAUUCUGUUUGUUGAUUUUUUGCUUUGUAAGAGAUCGUCUGCAACAGAGCGGUGUGACUUUGAGAGCUCGAGAAAUCAACGCCACCUUGAUAGACCCAGGUCCAGAAUGCUUUAAACACGCCUCAGACACCAACCAUCGAGCCAACGUCGCCCGAAUACAACAUGGCGUGCAGAACUGGGUGCGAAGGGUCGACCCGCAUAACUACACCUACAUCAUCAACCCUACGGAUUGGUGCGACCAGAGGAAAGAUGAAGGUGAGGAUCUGUUGCUUGUGAUAUUUGUGAAUUCCGCUCCGGAUCAUUUCCUCAAGAGGAACUUAAUUAGGAAUACCUUCGGGAGAGCGGAUUCGUGGCCUUUCUUCCGCGAUGGUCGUCGUAACCAGACGAUGCGUCUUGUUUUCUCAGUCGGAGCGGUCGGUGACGCUCUGAUGCAAGCCCGUCUCAAGGACGAGUCCGUCAUCUUCGGAGACAUCGUCCAGGAAAACUUCACCGAUGAUUACCUGAACAUGACGCUCAAGACAGUGAUGGGUUUCAGAUGGUCCACCACCUUCUGCAGUCGGGCCAGGUACGUGAUGAAGACGGAUGACGACGUCCUCGUCAACACCCAUAGGGUUGCGGACAUCCUCCAGAAGGCAUCAAGGACUUCCUUCAGCGUUGGCGACGUCCACUCGCACGCGAUCGUACGUGACCCCAAGAGCGAAUGGGGAAAGUUCUACACACCCACCCAUCUAUGGUCGAAGAAAAAGUUUCCACCGUUUUUCACAGGCCCUGCUUACAUCUUCUCGAUGGACAUGGCGCAGAAGAUCUUCCAAGCCUGUCAGGAAACGCCACUCUUUCCUUGGUCCGAUGUGUACGUUGGGAUGUGUUCUUUAAAAGCAGGUCUAACUCUGUCGAACCAAAAGGGAUUCAUCGUUUCAACGGGUCUGACAAAGAAUCCUAACCAACCAUUACCAAUGAACCGGAAAGACAUAGAAAAGUACAAUAAACUGUACACUGUCUUUCAUCUUUCGACGAUGCAUAUUAAGCAGUUAUGGGAACUAUGGACAAAAAGAACAUUAACACCUUGAAAAUGCAAUAAUGAUCUAGUUGCUCCAGUGUCGUGAUUUGUUAAAAUGUGUGACUAUUUAUUUAUUUCGUUUUCAAUAAUAAUCAAUAACUAUAUUAUUAUUUGAAUUAUUUCGUUUGCGAAAUUGAAUUGCUCAUUGUUUCAAUAAUUGAAAUAUUUCGUUUCAGAGUUCAUCAUAUCGGUAAGGAACUUAUGUGUUUUUUAUGCUAUUUGAUUUGUAUUACAUUGAUCAUAUUGAUCCUGUGAUUGAAAUUCGAGGAGGAGGAGCAGAAGAAGUUGGACUUUUGGUCAAGUGCUAAUUCGUCUAUUGCCAACUCGUCCACUCCCCACAUGGUUUAACUUCAUUUAGUCUAAUGCCAUUCUGUCUGUUCU